CAUGACGCCAAAAAGACAAAUAAAAAAUAAUCGAAAAAAAAAUGAUUCACUGCAGUCUUGCGGUUACUUUGAAGACUCCUCCCCUCCUCAAAUGACUUAUAAGAGGUCGAUGGUCCUCCUCGAACAAGGAGUUGCUUCUUUACUCUCGUGGUGCCACAGGUGAACGGGUAAAACGAUAAAAACGCGCUGUUCAUGUCAUAAUAUCGAUCGAUGAAUUGUUGAUAGUUAUUGAGGAAAUGUUUCAUCUACUCAUUCUUACCGCAACUUUUGGCUCGGUACUACCACUACCGCGUCAGGCCAUCCAAAAUCAUGAAGAUUCGCAUAACCUGAAGCCACUGCUGUUCCUGAUCCAAAGAUCCAGUCCUCAGCAACAGCAGCAGGUCCAGCACAAGGAAGAGAGAUUGGCAAAACAACAACAAUUUGGUUUUUCCUCUCCUUUAUCCUUCGGAGGUUUCUCUUACUUCGAACCGCAGUUCAGGUAUCCAGGGAUCAACCAACAUGGUUUCCCUAGGGUCCAACCCUCAAUAGUACUUUACGGAGCAGCAGGCCAAGGCCAGCCCAUCCUCAUCAACCCGGGCAUCCCGCCGGGCCACAACUUCCUGGUGCCGCAGCAGCCCCGGCAAGGCCCCAAUGUAGGCCAGAGGCCCCAGCAGAGGCCCUUCUUCGUCGGGGGUUACCCCAAUCCCAAGCCGGCCCAUAUUCCGCCCAUCGAGAAGGACGCAGAAGAGAUUCCCACCGAUCCGGCUAGUAUACCACCCCUACCAUCAACCCCUUCAGUUGAUCGAAAACCUGAAAAGUUAGAAACCUUCAAUGAAGACAAGAUUGAGCGGCCCUUCAAAACCACCAGAACCCCUCAGCUCCAACCAGGCCAACGUUUCUUCAUCCUUAACGGAGACAACCUCUUCUUAGACUACCCUUUCACGUAUUCCGAAGACCUCAAAUACAACCGGCAACAACCACAAAACCUCGAUGAACCUCGACAACCACCACCAUCGCCUACAGACAUCAACUCUCUACCUCUGCAAACGUUUUUAUCGAAGAAUGGCCAAAUUUCCAGUAGUAAUUUCCCACCAGAACAACAUUUAUUCAGCCCAAACCUCUACCCAGGGCAAUCCGGCCAACAGUUCGACCAGAAUUUGGCUACAUUGAGGCCUGAAUUGGCGCUGUUCAGGUCCAGUUUGCCCCUUGGAGAUACCGUUGGACACUUUAGAUUCACUCCUCCUAGUGAACCCUACUAUCCCUUUGAUGGCGAAGACGUUGAAAAUGAAGCUGUGGUGGUGGAUGCCAAAUACGAAGACGAUAUUGGUAAAGGAGUGAGGUAUACAGAAAAUCAAGAUCCAUCUGUUUCCAAUGGUGAACUUGAUGGUUCUGAUGAACCGAGCACAGCCCAAGCAGCUCCUGGAGCUAUAGCUCUAGCAGGAAGAGGAGGUGUAGCUGGUGCUUCCCCGAAAGCUACUUCCCUCGCUGGAAAAGGGGGUUUAGCGGUCUCAAGUCCGCAGGCCACUGCUGUAGCAGGUGCUGAUGAUGAGAAAGUGAAUCAAAAGAACAAUAGGCCUGCCAAGAAAUCCAGGAACAAGUGAAUUAUUUUAGGAAUUUGAAAGAUAGGAAUGUUUUGAGAAAUUAUUAGUUAUUUUAGUUACCAUCAGCAGACUUUUUUUCAGAUCUCUUUUUGUAGCAUUCAAAAUUAGUUUUCUUGAAUUCGCGGGAUGUAAAUGUCUCAAAAUAAUCGCAUUGCUAUAUACAGGGUGGUCCGGUAUGUAAUACAAAAUAUUCAACAGUGUGUUUUUGUACUCGUUGAAAUAACAAAAAAAUUUCAUAUAAACAUAUACUUUUGAACGAGUCGUUUUCGAGAUAUAGGGUGUUGAAAAUACGAGUCUGAAUAUUGUUUUUUGAUCAAAAGUUCGAAACGGUUCGAGAUAAAUCAACAAAAUUUCUCACAGAUUACUAAACAUUUCACGCUCUAUAUAAGAUGAUAUAAAAAUUAUUUCAUAAAGUGAAUCAGUGGCGGCUGAAUCAGGGGGUGGUUAAGGAAAAAGAUCACCCAAUAUUUAUAUGUGCAUUCAAUUCUUCAAUUUCGAGUACAAAAUGUGAACACCAUGCAGCGACAGAUUUCUGCGUACAAUAUUUCUCUUGCAUUUUUUCAAUGCGUUAUUACAACGUUUUCCAAUUGAACCGGAUUAACAAUAGGUAUGAGAAAUCCAAGGUAAUAAAUAGUAUAUUAUGUGACAAGUGUUAUAAACGUCCUUUUAGUAACGAGUAUUUAAUAAACGAGUGUCUAGAAGAGUUUAUAAACGCGUUACAUACUAUGAUUUUUCUACGAAUUCCGAAAAUUACAUUAACAUACCUGCUAUUCCUGCUAACCUACAAAUCAAUUUGAAAGGAAUGGGAAUUGAGAACAUAAUAUAUGCAACUGCAUGCAACCAGUGAGACACGUAUAAGUGAUAUUGGUUGUAGAUGUGACCACUGUCCAGUCCAUUGCUUACUAACCUUUGUUUCACGUUUAUUGUCAUGCUUAGCGCAGAAUAAAUAAAUUGUUCUCAAAGAUGAAUGCUUCAUUUUCACACUUCUUGGAGAUAUGCAAGUACCAGAACAUUCUCUUCGAUUUCACUUUCGUCUACUUUUCGUAUAUAUUUAUAAUGAAGAAUUCUGAUACAAACGAAUAUUGUUUGAAUAAUUCUGACACAAAAUUUGAAAAUAACAGUUGACAGCUAAUACAAUUGACAGGCCAGACAUGUCUCAAAUUACUGAAGCUGUGUUUAAUGAACUGCGUUGCCAUGGUGAUGUGUUUAAGAAAUCGUGUUGCCAUGGUAACUUGUUUAAUAUUUUGAAUAAAUCACAGAUCGACAAUCCGUGAUUAAUCGAUCAUUUAGCGUGGUACAUAUCCGUACGAUAAAUGCCAUUUUAGUUAUAUGAGUAGAAAAAAAUAAUUACUAGCAGACAAACACAAUAAAACUUCAAUGUACCUUCAUCACCCCCAGAUUGAGCUGCCACUAUGGAUAACUUAAUGAAAUAAUUUUUAUUUCAUAUUAUAUUGCGUGAAAACUUUAGUAUCUGUGAAAAACGCUGUUGAUUUAUCUCAAACCAUUUCAAAUUUCUCAUCAAAAAACUUUUUUAUUAUUUCAACAAGUACAACACAAUGUAGAAUUUUUCCAUACCUCUUACCUACCUAUACAGAACUAACAUUUUUUUUUUCGUGGAACUUAAUGCGAACUUGCCACUAGUUGACAUAAAAAUUUAAUAUCAGAUCUACCAGCGAAUAUCUGAAAUUAUGAGUGAAAAAUGUGUUUUUUCUAUGACGGGAAAAAAGUUUUAAACCUCAUGUCUGUUUGACAGGUUAUGAAAUGU